AUGCACCUCUUGAACACCCUCAGCGCUUUUUGGAUGGUGAUGCUGUUGCCCAUACUGGGACCAGCAUUUCAUCUUACCCCUCGUUCUAAUGAAAAUGGACCCUUCAAUCCAGCAAGUAACAUAACUACUCGCGUUUUCUCAUAUACAGAUGGACGCCCUAUUAACACCCCCGGAAACUGGGAGAUUUGGUACUUUGACUUCACCUCGGAGGAUUUGACCACCGCCGUUGAUAUGGCUUUCAACGUGACACCCACGAAUCUAUCCGUGCCAUCUAAUCCAACAGACGCUUUCUUGACAUUCAUCGUCGACAUCAUGCUACCGAACAAGACGCACUUCACGAGGGAAAUCAAUCCCCGCAAAGCGGUCGUCAGCGAGAGUCGGGACAUCAGCGUAGGACACUUUGAUGACGACAAGAAUCACAUAUCGUGGAAAAGCGAUGUCAUAUUUAACCGAGGCUCCAUUACCAUCGACAUGCCUGAUGUCGAUCUGAAAGGCCACAUUGAGUGGGAGCAGGUUGUGCCACCGCAUCUGCCCUGUGGAGCCAACGAGAGGGGUGGCACAUAUGAGCUUGUACCUCACCUCUGGUGGAUCAAUCAGGGACCUGAUCUCAAAGCAAAAGUGGAAUUCGAGGUUGCCGGUGAGCACAUAAGCUACUCCGGGAUUGGAUAUCAGGAUAAGAACUGGGUGGAUCUGCCACUUGCCGCGAUCCUGGGUCCAUGGUACUGGGGCCAUGUCCGAGUUGGCGGCUACAGCUUGGUCUGGUACGAGUUGAUCUCCAAGUUCGGAGGUACGUACUAUAGCAGCUACUUGGCGCGGGAUGGAGAGAUCCUAACCGCGAACUGCGCCAACGACACUCUCAAAAUACACCCUUUCGACAAGAAUGGCGUGUAUCUUCCACCGGGCGAAGCUAGUCUGCCAGCCGGAUUUACUAUCUCCAUGGACGUGCCAGGUGAUGGUCGCUUUACGGUCAAUAUUACCAACGAUGUCUUGUUUCUUCUGCACCGAGCACCACCUGCCCGACGGUGGGUUGGUCAUGCAUCUGGUGGUUUUGAGAACGGGGAUGUAUCUAAAGGAUACGGGUUCUGGGAGCAGGUCAUCUAG